CUGCCCGGCUGCCCCCUCACCUCGCGUGCUCGAUUCCCAUCUCCCCCCUCCCUGCGCACAGCCGCACACCAGUACCACCAACACCAUUCAACAGACGCCGCCGCCGCCGCCGCCGCCCCUCAUCCCUGUCCCGUCCCGUCCCGCGCGCGGCCGCCGCAUCCGUCCGGGCCUCCUCGUCUCCCCAGCCCCGCUGCCGCCGGGUUCAUCAGCAGAAGCUGCUUGCUCCGCCGCCGCCGCCCUCUUCCUCCUCUACUGCUUAAUCUUAGAUUUUGCUUCGGGGUUCGGCUCAAUUUCGUCGGAUGGAUAUCGAUUGGGGUCGUCAGGAGGGCGUUCGCGAGCGGCAUGCGCCCCGACAGCUUAAUUUUGCUUAAUCUUAGAUUUUGCUUCGGGGUUCGGCUAAAUUUCAGGCGUGCCCAUGAAGCCAUUGGGGUCGUCAGGAGGGCGUUCGUGAGCGGCAUGCGCCCCGACAGCUUCAAGGCGGUGCAGGUGCUCACAGCGUGCGCCCGCGUCGCGGAUCUAGAGACCGGGGAGGCCGUGUGGAGGGCGGCACAACAGGAGGAGGGGGUCACGGAGAGCGUGUUCGUGGCGACCACGGCGUUGGACCUGUACGUCAAGUGCGGGGAGAUGGAGAAGGCUAGGGCAGUGUUUGACGAGAUGAAGAACAAGGAUGCGGUGGCCUGGAGCGCGAUAGUCAGAGGGUACGCCUCCAACGAACAUCCUCGGGAGGCUCUAGACCUUUUCUUCGCGAUGGAGGUGGAGGGAGCGAAGCCGGAUUGUUACACGGCGGUCGGGGCGCUCUCAGCGUGCACGAGGUUAGGUGCAUUGGAUUUGGGAUGACAGGCGGUUGAAAUAGUGCACUAGGAUGAGGUCCUUGACAACCCAGUCCUGGGCACUGCACUGAUCAAUAUGUAUGCUAAGUGUUGGAGCACAAGAGAGGCAUGGAUGGUGUUCCAGCAGAUGUUGGAGAGGGACAUCAUUGUUUGGAAUGCGAUGAUCAUGGGGCUUGGCAUGAUUGGCCACGAGAAGAUUGCAUUUGUGCUUGUUGGCCAGAUGAAGAACUCGGGUGUGAAGCUGAAUGAUAAUACCUUCAUUGGAUUGCUCUGCAGCUGCACACAUACUAGCCUUGUGAAUGAUGGGCGGCGGUAUUUUCAUAACAUGACUCAUGUAUACAGUAUAAGCCCUAGGAUUGAGCAUUAUGGUUGUAUGGUUGACCUGUUGAGUCGUGCGGGAUUGCUGGAGGAGGCUCAUCAGCUGAUUGGUGACAUGCCAAUGCUGGCAAAUGCCGUUGUAUGGGGAGCACGCCUCGGUGGUUGCAAGAUCCAUCGGAAUGCUGACCUUGCUGAAUAUGUGCUGAAGCAGCUCACCCGACUGGAGCCAUGGAAUUCUGGGAACUAUGUCAUGCUUUCUAACAUUUACUCGAACAGUGGAAGAUGGGAAGAUGCUGCAAAGCUUAGGUUGGAAAUGAAGGCAAAGGGGAUUGAGAAGGUCGCUGCCUCUAGCUGGGUUGAGCUUGAUGAUAAGGUCCACAAGUUCUAUGUUGGGGACGAUUCACAUCCUCUUUCAGAUAAGAUCUAUGCAAAGCUUGAUGAAUUGGGCCACGGCAUACCUUGUAGAUUGAGCCCAUAGCAGCCCAUAUAUGAAGAAAAAACAAAAGAAAAAGAGCCCAACACGUAACAAGCAACAUCUCGCAUUGAUUUUGAAGCGUGAGAAUCUGGUCUGCUUAUUCUGUUCGCUGUGUUUCUUUCGUCCACUCAGCUUUCCGCAGCCGCCGUUUUACGUUAGCCAAUUCUGCUGUCAGCUUGCCGCUGUCCGCUCGUCCUUUGAGCUUUGGUUGUGUCUCCCAAAUAUCUUGCCUUUUUGUUGCAUUGGACUCUUCUGUGGUUAGAAUGGCAGCACCCAAGCCCAUUUCUCGUCUUAUUUCUCACGUCAUUCUUGAUUUGGAUGGCACCCUCUUAAACACAGAUUCUGUUGUAAGUAAGGUAGUAAAACCAUUUAUUCUAAAGAAUGGAAAAACGUGGGAUAGCAAGAAAGCUCACAAGCUAGUUGGGAAGACACCUUAUGAAGCUGCAGCUGUUGUUUUAGAAGACUAUGGACUCCCUUACUCUACAGAAGAGUUCCUCUCGAUGAUUACUCCGAUGUUCAGUGAGCAGUGGUGCAACUUAAAACCACUUCCAGGAGCUAAUCGACUGAUAAAACAUUUAAAGACUAACGGGGUGCCUACUGCUUUGGCUUCAAACUCACCAAGAUGUAACAUAGAAGCCAAAAUUUUCUUCCAACAAGGGUGGAAAGAGUCUUUCUCUGCAAUUGUUGGUGGAGAUGAAGUAGAGAAGGGGAAGCCAUCCCCGAAUAUAUUUUUGGAAGCUGCAAAGAGAAUGAACUGUGCUCCUUCAAAUUGCUUAGUAAUAGAGGAUUCCUUGCCAGGUGUUACAGGUGGAAAAGCUGCAGAAAUGCAUGUCAUAGCUGUACCUUCAAUACCCAAAAAGACUGCUGAGUUCAGUUCUGCUGAUGAGGUGAUCAAUUCCCUCCUUGAUGUGAGGCCUGAAAAGUGGGGGUUGCCACCAUUUAAUGAUUGGAUUGAAGGUACCUUACCAAUAGAACCAUGGUUUAUUGGUGGGCCUGUGAUCAAAGGAUUUGGCCGUGGUUCUAAAGUACUAGGAAUACCAACAGCAAAUUUACCCGCGGAGAAUUUUUCCGACGUAGUGUCAGAACAUACAUCAGGGGUAUACUUUGGCUGGGCAGGACUUUCAACGCGUGGUAUAUAUAAGAUGGUUAUGAGCAUUGGCUGGAACCCAUAUUUCGACAAUACCGAGAAGACAGUAGAACCUUGGCUGCUUCAUAAUUUCGGCGAGGACUUCUAUGGCGAGGAGGUGCGCCUUGCCAUCGUUGGCUACAUAAGACCUGAGGCCAACUUUCCUUCGCUCGAGAGCUUGAUAGAGAGAAUUCACGAGGAUGGAAGAGUAGCAGAGAAGGCACUAGACCUGCCAAUGUAUGCCAAGUACAAAGACUCGCCUUAUCUGAGAAACCCUUCGAAGCACGGGAGUAGUACUACCGGUGGGACCCAGUCUGAGAUGGAUUCCAAGUGACAACCCCCCUACAGGGCCACUAGAUAAUAUGUUACUUAUUUUCUCUAUGGUAAAUGCGUCGGUGUUGAUGCAGAAACAAUUGGACUCUCUGUGAGCUAACUCGCUUCUUAAUUUUCGGAAGUAGAUAGUAUUCCUCGAAGUGGUGUUUUUACUUUGUAAUAUAGAAAAAAAUAAAGUGGGGUUGUUGAAACUUGAGAGUCAAAUUCCGAGACGUUAUGCACGUUUUGAUUUCUGAAUUAAUCGAUUGGUAUCACUUGUACUGUUUUUAUA